AUGGACACUGCUAGCUAUCAAACGGCAAGAGUUAAGGUCGCCGCUUUGGCUUGCUGUUUGAGCUGUAGCAAGAAUCCAUACGACAGUACCCGCCACGACCAUAUUGCCAUACGCGAGAUCCUGCAGAACAUUCGAUCGAUAGCAGUUACCUUCCGCGAUGGGCUUGCGGAUGACGUUGUCCCUCAGCUGCUGGCCAGGCUGCUGAUGGCAUUCGAAGCCCAGGAGGUUGGCAUGGACGAGGUAAUGGCAUUGGCUGCUUCAUCGUUUCGGGACGAGGCAGAAUGGGUCUCGCAAGAGACGGCCCGUCACCCUGGCUGUAACCGGAUCACCUGGUGGAUCAUGGACAACGACAGUGGCAGUCCCAUGGCAGACGUCAGCAUUUAG